AGUUGAAAAACCGCGGGAAUUCUUAUCUUCUUUUAACUGUUUCCAGUGCGAUAAGAACAAACUGCUCCGUCGAUAUUGUGAAAAAAUCCUUUCCUUGCCCCGUGAGAAAAUGUCCAAGGAACCGGAAGAAUCGGACCCGGACCCGGAAUAUCUGAAAGUGCUGUCCACCCACUUUGGCCAUUCCGCCUUCCGGCCUAUGCAAUGGCGUAUAAUUCGGUCGAUAAUCGUCGAGCGGCGUGAUAACUGCGUGAUCAUGGCCACGGGCUACGGAAAAUCCUUAACGUAUCAGUAUCCUUCGGUGUUUCUGGACCGGCUAACGUUCGUCGUUUCACCGCUUAUCAGCUUGAUGGAGGAUCAGGUACUGUCGCUGAAUCUGUGCAAUAUUCCGGCAUGCCUGCUCGGUACGGCACAGUCCGGUAAUCCGAUUCCGGACAUCGAAGCGGGCGGCUAUCGCGUGGUCUACCUUACGCCCGAGUUCGUCACCGGUGACCGUGGCCAAUCGCUGCUGAGUGCGGUGCGCAAACAGCUCGCCCUGAUCGCCAUCGAUGAGGCGCAUUGUUUGAGCAAAUGGGGCCACGAUUUCCGUCCGGCCUACCGCAAUCUGGGCAUCGUGCGAACGCUGUGCCCCGAUGUGCCCAUUCUGGCGGUUACCGCUACCGCCACGCCGAAGGUACGCGAUGAUAUCGUGCAGAGCCUACACCUGAACAACGCACAGAUCCUAUGCACCGGUUUCGAUCGUCCCAACCUGGAGUUUAUCGUGCGCCCGAAAGGUUCCCAGGGACCACUGGGAGACAUUCGGCCACUGCUGGGCAGUGGGACCCGCGAAGGAAGCAUCAUCAUCUACUGUCUCACACGCAAGCAAACCGAGGAAAUUGUGGAGCUGCUGCGCAGCAAAGGCAUCGAGUGUGAGGCCUACCAUGCCGGUCUAUCGGUUACCAAGCGACGCCAAGUGCACGAACAUUUCGUGCGUGACCGAUUGCAAAUCAUCGUUGCUACGAUCGCGUUUGGCAUGGGUAUCGAUAAGCCCGACGUUCGACUCGUCAUCCACUACGGCGCUUCAAAGGAUCUCGAGAGCUACUACCAGGAGGCGGGUCGUGCUGGACGCGAUGGCCAACCGUCGCGUUGCGUUAUGUUCUGGAGCCGAGCGGACUUUAAAACGCACGAAUUUCUUCGCUCGCAAGCUGGCAGCGGUUCGGUGCAGCACAACCUCGAGCAGCUGUCGCGCAAGAUGAGCGAAUACCUCGACACACGCGAUUGUCGCCGGCGCUUCAUCUUGCAGUACUUCGAGGGAACACUUUCGCAGAUCGGAAACCGCGAAAAGUCGGCUGCACAGACAGCAGUCGAUGGGAAGCCACGCCGUUGCUGUGACAACUGUACGCGAGGUGGUGUGGCGAAGGAUUGCGAACGUUACGAAGGUAUCGAUGCCGACGGAAAGUAUGAUUUUGGGACCGAUGCUGGGCAUUUGUUGAAAGCGAUCGAAGUAUUUCGGGGUGGUACGGGCCUUUCGCUUCCGAUUAUGUUGCUACGCGGAUCGAAAAACAAAAAACUAAACGAAAGCAACUAUCGCAAUCCACUGUAUGGCGUUGGGAAAACGCGUGACGAAGAAUGGUGGAAAUCUCUGGGAUCACUGCUUGAGCGCGAGGGUUUCCUGACGAAAGUGAAGCUCGACAACACUUUCAACCGGUUUGCCACCAUCUACAAGAUUCAGUUGACGGCAGCGGCCCGUAAGUGGCUGAAUUCGCCAGGCGAACCACCGAACCGGCGACAAUUACUACUCAAACCGACGGCAGAUAUGUUUAAAUCCUUCAAAGUCAUAGCCCCAAGCUCAGAGCGUGUGGCGGUAAGCGAUCACACUAUUUCACCGCCCGCCAAUCGAAAGCCAGUUCUCAAUAUAACGACAUCGCGAGGCUUUCUUCCUGCAUCGGUCGCAGGACCACAGAACAUCACCCAAGAGCUGGUACAAACGUUACUGAAAAAGCGCUCGGAACUGGCGACCGCCUUCGAGUGUAUGCCGUACAUGAUUGCCUCGAAUGCGGCCCUACACCAGAUGGCCACCAAACGUCCGCUAAACAUGACCGAAAUGCGAAACGCACAGCUCGACGGGUUCUCCGAUGUGAAGCUGCAGAAGUUUGGUCGCGAGUUUCUUAUAUGCAUUCAGCAAAAACUAAAUUAUCUGCCCCCCAGCCAAAAGCCACCGGUGGCUGAGUCGAGUGAUUCGGACUUCCCGGGUGGCACUCUGUCCGCAACACAGCAACAAUCGUGGAGAAUGUGGAGAGGGGAAGGCAAAGCAGUGCCUGAAAUUGCCAGCGAGCGACGGUUGGCGGAAUCCACCAUUAUCAAUCAUCUGCAGGACGCUAUCCGGGUGGGUGCUUCCUUCGGGAAGCCAGAUCUUGUACGGCUGGGCAUCGAUGAUGGUUUGUAUGCAUCGAUUGUUUCCCAUUUGCCACCGAACAUGGAACAGCAGCCCAUCAAGCUGACUACGAUCAAGGAACUCUGUCCCCCUGAAGUGACCUUUGAUCAGCUCAAGAUUGUGAUAGCGCUCGAGAAACGUAAGCCACCAAGGGAGACGAAACCAAACAGCUUUACCUCGACGGAGAGUCUUCCCUCUUCCACAAGCACCUCCGAGACAAAGAAACCACCGGAGAUAGGAUUUCACGAUCCGUUCGAUGACGAUGAUGACGAUGAUGAUAUGUUCGAUUUUAACGAACUGGAUCGCCUUGAGGCGGCAAUGGUAGGUGCGAAAAAUGUCCCAUCCCCACCCUCGCCGCCCGUAGUGUCAAUGAACGAACUAGUACCCCGUGAUCUACCGGAAGUACACUCUCCUUCCAUCCUCGCACCGACGAUAUCCCGCCAAAGUGAACCCCUACAACCGACCACGACCGCUUCCAAUGUAACUGCCGAGGAGAAGCGUUCGGGAACGGGAGCGUUUGUGCUGAAAACUGCAACCCGCAGCCGGCCAGUCAAUCUAAAGCGCAUUCACUACGACGAGGAUGACGAUACGGAUGAGGAGAACAACGAUGGCGAUUCGGAAACGCUCCCAAGGCUUCCCAAGCGAAAGUUGUGAAAUGUUAUUCUUCUUCAAUAAAACCGUGGCCAUG